AUGGAUCCGGGUAUUCUUUGUUUCCACCAUUGUGAUCACAAAGUAUUUUGCACUAUAAUACCUGAAAAAUGCCCUGUUUGUGAUCAAAAAUUGGAUAGAUAUGAUUACAAUCUACUGCCCUUCAGGGUUCCUUACCCGUUCGUUAAAGCAUCUCAGCAUCCUCGCGCCAUCGUCAUGAAGCCAACUCACGGCGAUUUUCUCAAUGACUACUACAAUUCCAAAGAUUUGCACAUAGGAGUGACUAACUCUCAAGGUUGUGUUGUGGAGUUUAGUGAGGAGGGCAUCCGUGGUGUGGACCCCAUGACUAAGAAGUGGAGUAGCUGCGACUCUAGCUCAGAUUGGGACCAGUGUCUGCUGUUAGAGCAGUUUGAUGAGCUGUGGAAUGAGAUUUGGGAUAGCGUUCUUCUCAAGGUAAGCCAGAGUCCGCUGUGGGAGGCUGAAAGGUACAAUGAAGAAAGGCAUAAUUGCUUCACAUUUGUACUUGCAUUCCUGCAAGCCCUAGACUGUGGUGAGCUCUCUGAGAAGGCUAGAGAUCCUAAACUUUUCUGUAAGCAAUAUGUUGUUCCAAGAACCUCUGCUGCAGGGAAGUAUAUCUCCUUGUAUAGACAGCUCAAAAGGCAAAACUAUUUCAUACAGAACCAAUGA